AUGGAAAGCGAUGAUUUGAUUAGAGCCGUUGGUGAAUACAAAUUUAAUUCGAAUUUGAUAUCAGCUUCUGAUCUAAGUCCUAAUCUGUCAGGUUUACAGCAAGGAGCAGACAAUAUAAUACAGGAUGGCUAUUAUAUAAACAAUAGAAACGUUGAUAUGUUUAGCUUUAAUAGUAAUUUUAAUGUAAAUAAUGCUAAAGAUGAAGAGGUUACAAAACUUUCCUCUGUAUCUAUUUGUGAGCUGCGAUAUAUAGUACUGAUAUGCAUUGAGUGGAGACUAAAACAUCAUUUGGACUCUAGUUGUACAGAUACUCUGCAGACAUCUGUUGAUUUUACAAGUCAAAAUUUGUCAAUAAUCAGGAAUAAUACUUCUAGAGUGGUAGAUUUGUCUGUAUUAAUUCCAAGUGAUGAUAUGAUUCUCUCAAGUUUAUAUUUGUACAAAUCGUGCAUUAGUAAGCUACAAAGAGAGGAACUUGAAUUACAAAUUGUUAGUAAUAUAAUGAGAUUGAUUGAUAGCAAUUCAUUUGAUCUAGAGAAGAAAAGGAUGCAGUAUCCCAUUAACCAUCGCAUUUCUUAUUUUAAUAGUAAUUCAACAGAAGUAGGUCUACAGGAAGAAUUUGGUUUACAUCAAUUACCUAUACCAUAUGUUACAACAUUUCUUGGUACUGAGGUUAAUAAUGGAGUCAAUAGUAUUGGAGAUAUAAUAAAUACAGUGGAGCAUCCCAGUGGCUUAAAUUUAGCAAACAUUGCAAGUACUCCAACAGUACUUAGUUUAUUACAAAAGAAAUUUUACGUACUACUACCCAGUGAUAUAUCAAUAUCUUUUGAAAAUAAUGAGAGUGAAUUGGAGAAUAACAAUAAUGUUAACUCUACUGAUGAUUGUGGACAAUUGAAAUAUGAGAGUACCCCAAUGUCACUUGGAUCUCUUACUCACUUUCUUGGACUAUGUAAACCGUGUGUAUUUGUAAAUAAGACAAAUAAGAAAUGCCGAAAUGGAGUAACAUGUUGUUUUUGUCAUCAUCAACAUAAAGAAAGGAAAAGAGGUAAACGUUAUAAAAAUAAUGGAAAUAAUAGCUCUAAUAACUGCAAUAAUGGAAACUUAUCCACAAACAUUAAUAACUAUUAUAAUAUUAACCAGGCAGAUAAUUAUUUGAGAUCAGUAACAUCUAUAAAUGUACAAUCAAAUCCCCUUAAUAGUAUGAAUAACAACAAAAAUCCAUCUAGAGCAAGUCAACUUAGGUAUUUUAUACCACCUCCACCACCUCCUCCUACUCUGUCAUCUGCAUUGCCAAUGUUUAGUAGUGAAAAAUGUGCAAAUAUAUCAGACUGUAUAGGACCUGUUGCAACAACAGCUUCAGCAGGAUAUUUAUCGCAUAGUCUUACUUGUCAAUCUCAAAUAAAAACUACAUCAGUUAAUAACUUUGAUACUUAUACAUGUGAUAGUAGUCAGAAUUCAAUAACAAAUGGGGUUAGUCACUGGAAUAGUUAUAUUAAUAAUCCCAAAGAUAACUUUUCAUCAUGGAUUAACCAUCUACCAGAAACAAGUCUGAAUUGUAAUAAUUCAAAUUGUUGGGAUAUGAAACACCAAGCACAAUGUGACGAACUUAACAAUCUAGUAUGUAGGAAUUGGUCUAAUAUAUUUCAAACAAUAAAACCCUCAAAUCGAGAAGUAUUGGAAAGUAAUACAGAAACUAAGGAGUCAAUAUCAAGUGAAAUCCAACAAGUACUAGAUAUGAACAAUGAUAUGUGGCAAAACAAAGCAUCACUAAUAGUACCUCCUUUUCUAAGAGAUGGUUCUAGCAUAACUGAUGAAGAAUUAUCCUCACCACUAAAUCUGGAUUUUUGCUUUCUGAAUUUGUGA